AGUCGGUCGCGCGCUGUCGAGGUCGACUCACGGCUCGUGCUGCUCGCGCGAGCCGCCGCACGAGACGCUACGUCGUCAACGUCAACGGCAACGGCAAGGGGUGCGUCUCGUUCCAACGUCAACUCACGAGUGUUCGUCAGAGUCUGCGUCAUUCGAAAGUGGUAGCGAUAGAGUUGGUGUCAUCGACUUUGUCAGCGCCUUCAUCGGGAGCUUCUUCAAGAGCUUCGUCAGGAGCUUCAUCUCCAUCAACGUCAGCGUCAUCAUCAUCGUGUACCUUGCCGUCAGUGCUAGCGUAGCGCUUGCGUUGGAGUUCGCGUGUUCCUACCUCUUGAGGACUUGUGGACCUGUCUUCUGCGAAGAUAACAUCAGCAUUUGUGUGCAAGCUGUGUUGAUAUUUUAAAAGCUUCUUGUUGGAGUUGGAGUUUAAUCGUCGCACCAGGUCAAUCUUCGCUGGAUACGAAUCAACUCCAUUUCGAAGACCCUCGCCUUAAUCGUCGCCUCAGAAACUGUUGUGGCUUGAUUUUCGUUAUAGCUUCCAAGUCCCGACAUCCUGACCUCAUAGUGACCUUCGUCUCAUUUUCCUCUUUCUCUCAAUCCUGUAAUCCAAUUCCGACGUUUGCAUCAUGAGGAGAUAGCGUGGUGACCCGGUUGGUUUCAAGAUCAACCUAAGAAGUGACACACUACAACUACAACUUCUGCGAGUGUGACUCGUGUGUGUUCUGUUCGUGCGAACAAGUGUAGAGAAGCCCAACAAAAACACACCACGAUGCGGUUAAGAAACUUGGCGUCAGCGGUAACAGGAGUGAUUGCUGCGCUAGUUCUUUGCUCACAUAGAACUCAGGCAGCUAUGGGCUGGGACACUCUCUUCGGUGAGAGGCGCUACGAGCCGCCCAAACGCUGCAACUGCGCGUGUGGGGUACCGAACCGCAGCACUCGGGUGGUGGGCGGCCGGCCCUCACGGAUCAACGAGUACCCGUGGACGGUGGCACUCACCUACCGGGGCCGCUUCUACUGCGGGGGCACUCUCAUCAACGACCGAUACGUGCUCACCGCCGCGCACUGCAUCAACGGGCUGAACCACCAUCGGGUCGAGGUCACGCUGGGGGAGCACGACCGGAAUCUGCCCUUCGAGGCCAUCACACUCAAAACGAAGGUGCUCUGGUGGCUGAAACAUCCCGAGUUUGACGCCAAAACGUUCAACAACGACAUCGCCGUGAUACGCAUGAAGGACCCGGUGGAUUUUAGCCGCAUUAUGAGGCCUGUCUGUCUGCCCAAACCAGGUUACAACUACACCGGCGAGAAGGUGACAGUGGUCGGAUGGGGUCGGACCUCCGAGGGCGGCAACACGGCCAACCUGCUGCAGGAGGUGCUGCUGCCCGUCUUCAGCAACGCCGAGUGUCGGAGCCUAAAGUAUGAUCCGGAAGAAAUCACCAACAACAUGCUCUGCGCCGGCUACACGCAGGGAAAGAUCGACGCCUGUCAGGGAGACAGCGGAGGACCAAUGCUAUGGCAGUCCAAAGACGGAAAGACAGAUCUUAUCGGUAUCGUCAGUUGGGGCCAGGGCUGCGGCCGGCCCGGUCUGCCCGGCGUCUACACUCGAGUCGUCAACUACCUCGACUGGAUCGAAGAGAACACCCCGGACGCGUGUUACUGCGGCCGGCGCACACCGCGAGGCCGUCGCCACGCGCCCGGAGGAGCGCAAAGCAGCGCGAACGGAGCGGGCGGGUCGACGCAUUCCUCAGAUUCCGCCACCGCAGCCAGUGGCUCCCAGCACACGAGAUCUACCUCGCCAACCGGCCGCCGGCGCGUGGCCAAUGUCGACCCCGACCGGCACGUGAGGGUGGACCGUGACACCCACAGCGUCACGGUGGACCACAACACACCCGUGACGACCGGGUCAGAGCCGACCCGACCCGUCUCAACCGCCAGCCAACUCCGACACAGGAGCUAACGGCUCUGGGACUGUGCAUAGUACUCGUACUUCCUAUGUAGCGCACGGCGCCGACCGUGGCGCAGCAGAGUCAACCGUGGCGCGCGGCGGCACGACGUCACAGUCACCGGUGGCGGCGGGUAAUUGCCGUCACCCCCGGCCUCCGCCGCGCCGGCGCGCCGCCCGGUGACCUCUGAAGUGGAACACCAGCUGACCCAUUUCCCGGCUAGCCGGUGCCAUGCGGCGCUAUGCGGGCCGGCCGACCGGCCGGCCGACCUGACCGGCCGGCACCGCACCGCGCCGUUCUCCGCCCGCCGUUCUCCGCCCGCCGCCUCCAGUCACAGGCGGAGGAGGAGGCGAAAGCGGGGGCGGGGCGGAAAGGCGGAGGCGGCGCGGCGGUGGAAAAAUGCGGAAAAGCGGAAUCGGCAAAGUGGUCGCUGUGACGGAGGCGAUAGAAGUCACGAAUUAGAAUCAAAGGUCGAGUUAGCGUGGUGAAAAGUGACCGGAAGGUCAUCGGAAGGUCAGCGAAUGAGUCCAAAAAAAAGCUCAGUGGUGCUGCUUCUAAGCGGCAAAACUACCGUAGUGGACACAAACUCGACGUGCGUGUGCGUGCAUAAUAUGGAUUUUAAGUGGUGUGUUGACUAUGUCUUUCAACCCAGCAUGGACUGAGGGAGUAGUGUAUUAGUGAGAGCAAGGCCGCGAGACCAGAGAGGAGAGAGAGGAGAGGGGAGAGAGGAGAGAGCCGCGCAAAGGAUACCGUUCGUCGCUAGCCAUGCGAGUAACUAGCUGAACUAUGUUACGAUAGAUGACUGCUGUGUCGCAAGACGUCGCAGUGAAUGUAGAGUUCAGUCACGUGACGACGCCGUCGUAUGUCCUCAUAGUCACAUGUUCCCCGAGUGACGUCAUGAAAACUACGGUCAAUAAUUCACACGGUUAUCGAACGAUUUUCCGAGAGUUGUUACACGUUUCCGUGGUGCUGAAAGCCGCCGAUGUUCCUUAUUUUGUUGUUCUGUUAUCAACACGUUGUACCUCUGCCGCAUACAAUAUGCUGAACGUACAAAGCAACAAUAAAAUGAUGCGUUCUCC